CACGGGACAACCGUGGCGGACCAGCAGCCAGUCGGUUGGAGGAGGGCGGACUCAGGGAAGCAGUUUCCGUGUUCCUCUUCCUGGGCUGGGACAGUUGCAGCAGGAUAAAGGCGUCGGUUGAUUUGCUAUAACCGAAUACCGUACAGGCUUAUCAGACUCUGUUAAAAAGUAGUGAUGUCGCAGUCUGGAGAAAAAGGAAAGUUUCCAGAUGCAGCUGGUUAUGUAGGUUUUGCAAACCUCCCGAACCAAGUGCACAGAAAAUCAGUGAAGAAAGGCUUUGAGUUUACCCUUAUGGUCGUUGGAGAAUCUGGUCUGGGCAAAUCAACACUUAUAAACAGCCUGUUUCUUACCGAUCUCUACCCUGAACGCUACAUCCCUGGUGCCGCAGAGAAAAUCGAGCGGACGGUCCAAAUUGAAGCAUCCACUGUUGAAAUUGAGGAAAGAGGUGUGAAGCUUCGACUCACUGUGGUUGACACCCCUGGAUAUGGUGACGCCAUCGACAGCCAAGACUGCUUCAAGACCAUCAUCCAGUACAUUGACAAUCAAUUUGAGCGAUACCUACAUGAUGAAAGUGGGCUGAACCGAAGGCACAUAGUGGACAACAGGGUGCACUGCUGCUUUUAUUUCAUUUCUCCAUUUGGACACGGUCUAAAGCCUCUGGAUGUGGAGUUUAUGAAGGCGAUCCACAGCAAAGUCAACAUUGUUCCAGUAAUUGCAAAGGCUGAUACGCUCACACUGAGAGAGAGGGAUCGUCUGAAGAGAAGGAUCCUUGAUGAAAUCGCUGAGCACGGGAUCAGAAUUUACCAGCUACCUGACGCUGACUCUGAUGAAGAUGAGGAGUUCAAGGAGCAGACCAGAGUGCUGAAGGCAAGCAUCCCCUUCGCUGUGAUAGGGUCCAACCAACUGAUUGAGGUGAAAGGGAAGAAGAUUCGUGGCCGACUUUACCCAUGGGGAGUUGUAGAGGUGGAAAAUCCAGAGCACAAUGACUUUUUGAAAUUACGCACCAUGCUUGUGACCCACAUGCAAGACCUCCAGGAAGUAACUCAGGAUCUGCAUUAUGAGAACUUCCGAUCUGAGAGGCUGAAGAGAGCCGGCAGAUCUGCGGAUGAGGAAGUGGUGGAUAAAGACCAGAUUCUGCUACAGAAAGAGCUGGAGCUGAGGCGCAUGCAGGAGAUGCUCGCUCAGAUGCAGGCUCAGAUGAAGAUGAAAUCUGACCAGUGAAAGAGUUCGAGCUCAUACGGCACAUUUACAGCACAGACCGACAGAAACCCUCCAGCUGCCAUCCAGCUCCUACACCGUCAUCUACACACCACUGUUUCCUUUUUUUGGUUCCCUCUAAGCCUCCAUCCACCAGCUGCCUGGAGAGCCAUGCUGUUUUAUUUUGUAUUGUUUUCAACCUCAAAAUAAAAAAAAAUGAACAAGGGGUGAUUAUCAUGAACAUUUAUCCGUUAAUUAGCCUUACAUCUUUGUUACUGUCUGUCAAACUGCCACUGAAAACGGUACUAAGAGACAUUGCCAUCACUUAAGUUUAAAGUAUGUUUGAAUUAUAAUUUCAGCACCAGUUUCUAUUUGUUGUGCAAUCACUUUCUGAAGGUUUUAACCUUGUUUUAACUUAAAGGUGAAAGACUGUUUGAUUGUCCUAUUUUCUGUCUGCUUACACGUUCGGCCCCGUUUUUCCUUUCUUCUGGGUGGCUGCAGCUCCUCACUUUCUGUUUGCUUCGGGCUCAACAGAACACAUCUGGUAAACGGUUCCUGUCCAGAAUGAUGAAUGCAGCUGAACUUUACUAUCGGUUAACAAGGAACUCUGAUUCCACUCUGGUAAUGUACACACUAUCCCACCUUAGAAUCAUGUAACAUACUUGUCUUUGUUUUGAGCCUUAAUGUUAGUGCCAGACUGCAGAAUGAAAGUUUUGGUCAAGUUUUUGAUCAUGUGUCUUUAUUGGCUCCUUUAUUUGCCACCUAAUAUGUAAAACUCUCCUACACUACAUGUGCAGUUUUUUCCAACAUACUGUAUACUCAGAUUAGAUAGAUUAUUUAACUUCAUGUAAAUUCCCUCCAUUUGUGAGCAGCAGAGUAAACCUCCCCACUUUGAUGCGACAUUGUCAUCCUUUUGUCUUUUUCUUGAGUUAAUUAUUUCUUAACUAUGUGCCGUAAAGGACUUGUAUUUAGCUGUCAACAAUCUUUUUUGUAUUGUUUUGGAAUAAAGUGGAUAACUGAA